AAGUGGGCGUGAAAAAUACUCUUCCUUCCUGCCACCUGUUCUAUAUAUAACCGAUCCACACCACUUCUGCUUUCAAUUUCUUAUCAUCAUCACUCUCAAAUCUCAAAUUCUUCUAGAUCCAUCCGUUGAUCCUCAAUGGCCGCUGCAGAUACCGAGAAACUGAACAAUCUCCAAUCAGCUGUCUCCGCUCUCACUCAAAUCAGUGAUAGUGAGAAAUCUGGAUUUAUCAACCUCGUGUCACGCUAUCUCAGUGGGGAAGCACAACAUGUUGAAUGGAGUAAGAUCCAAACACCUACUGACAAGAUCGUUGUGCCCUAUGAUACCCUAUCAGAUGUGCCAGAAGAUGCUGGUGAAACCAAGAGUCUGUUGGAUAAGCUUGUGGUGCUAAAGCUUAACGGUGGUCUGGGGACAACAAUGGGAUGCACUGGUCCAAAGUCUGUCAUAGAAGUCCGAAAUGGAUUAACCUUCUUAGACUUGAUUGUCAUCCAAAUUGAGUCACUCAAUAAGAAGUAUGGGUGUAGCGUACCCUUGCUUCUAAUGAACUCAUUCAACACACAUGAAGAUACACAAAAGAUUGUGGAAAAAUAUGCUGGUUCGAACAUCGAGAUCCAUACAUUUAAUCAGAGUCAAUAUCCUCGACUGGUUGUUGAUGACUUUCUUCCACUGCCAUCGAAAGGGGAAACUGGCAAGGAUGGAUGGUACCCACCAGGACACGGUGACGUUUUCCCAUCUUUGAUGAACAGUGGGAAACUCGAAGCACUAUUGUCUCAGGGCAAAGAAUAUGUCUUUGUAGCCAAUUCCGAUAACUUAGGAGCUGUGGUGGAUUUGAAAAUCUUGAACCACUUGGUCCAGAACAAGAAUGAGUACUGCAUGGAGGUGACACCCAAAACAUUGGCUGAUGUGAAAGGUGGUACUCUUAUUUCAUAUGAUGGGAAAGUUCAGCUUCUUGAAAUUGCACAAGUUCCUGAUGAGCAUGUCAAUGAGUUCAAAUCAAUUGAGAAGUUCAAAAUCUUCAACACCAACAACUUGUGGGUGAACUUGAAUGCCAUUAAACGGCUUGUGCAAGCGGAUGCACUUAAGAUGGAGAUCAUUCCAAAUCCAAAGGAAGUCAAUGGAGUAAAAGUUCUUCAGCUAGAAACAGCUGCCGGUGCUGCAAUCAAGUUUUUCGAUAAUGCCAUCGGCAUCAAUGUUCCCCGAUCUCGAUUCCUGCCAGUGAAAGCAAGUUCAGAUCUGCUUCUUGUUCAGUCUGAUCUUUACACUGAAAAAGAUGGCUAUGUGAUCCGCAAUCCCGCUAGGACCGAUCCAGCCAACCCUUCAAUCGAAUUGGGUCCGGAAUUUAAGAAGGUUGGAGACUUCUUGAAGCGGUUCAAGUCUAUCCCGAGCAUUAUCGAGCUCGACAGCUUGAAGGUUUCUGGUGAUGUGUGGUUUGGUUCUAAUGUUGUUCUUAAGGGUAAAGUGGCGGUUGCUGCAAAAUCUGGACAGAAGUUGGAAAUUCCAGAUGGAGCGAUUCUACAAGACAAGGAAGUGCAUGAGGCCGGCGACAUCUAAAAAGGUUGCAUUUUGGUCGGAGAGAGGUUACUUGCAAGUUGGGGCUUGUUGGUGACAAUAGUAUGUGUAAGACGUGUUUUGUUAUUAGAAUAAAAUGCACAAUUUCAAUUUUUAUCACAUCACAUGCGGCGUAAGAAUUUGUUUUGUGUUACUCGGGUGAAAACUUCUUAAGAGGUCAACCAAGUCCGUUUAAAGUUUUCCCUAUGACACUUCAUUCUUUUCUUAUACUCAUUAUUA